UUGAAGUGGGCAAGGCAAUAGUAAAGCGCGCUCCUUUUUAUGUUCCAGGAAAGGGACUGACCUCCUGAGAUUCCCUUGGCAAAGAGGUAAAGCCUCAGUGUUGGGUGAAAGAUGCUUGGAUCCUGUAUGCCUCCCUCUGGCAACUGCUGCAGCCCAGCUGGUGUCAAAUGCAUUGCUCUGCUUUCCUUUGGACCAUAUCCGAGAGGCUGAGAGGCGGGUCGUGUCCCCUGGGCACCCCAGCAGGACCUCCAGAAACACAGCCCAGGCUUGUGCCGGCCCCCGCCCCGGGGGGCCACUUGGGUGCUGCAAACGCAGCAAAAACAACCUGAGAGGCAGCAGGGAGGGGACACCCCAAAUUGCAAGGAAGGGGACAAUCCCGCCACAGUUUUGCUCUCUGCCGCAAAGGAAGGGGCUGGAAUCCUUUGAGGAGGCAGCUGUGUAUUUCACCAAAGUGGAGUGAGAUCUCCUCGAUCCAGGCUAAAAAGAUAUCCAAGAAAGCCAUGCCAGAGAAUUGUGGGAAUAUGGCCUCUCUGGCAGGUGAUGAGCAAGACAGCGUGAAUUAUAGAAACCCAUCAGUGGUAUCACUAGAAACAACCCAAGCUGAAGCCAGAACAGAGACAUUUGGAAAUCAACAGGAACAAAAGAGGCUCAAGGGAAACCAUUCAAAGAAUGUGAAGAUGCCCAGUGCUUCUCAGGAUGCUGGCAUCCACAAACCUCUGGCCGCACAAGAUCAGAAAGGAAAGAGAAGCAAAAAUAUUCUAGUGGAGGAGAAAAUAUUAAAAAAUGAACCAAUAUUAAAUGGACACUGCAGAAACCAAACAGGAGAGAAACCGUAUAGAUGUAUGGAAUGUGGGAAAAGCUUCAGCGUGAGCAGUAGCCUUGCUACACAUCAAAGAACCCACACAGGUGAGAAACCAUAUACAUGCCUGGAGUGUGGGAAAAGUUUCAUUGACAGUGGAAGUCUUUGUGCACAUGCAAGAACCCACACAGGAGAGAAACCAUAUAAAUGCUUGGAAUGUGGAAAAUGCUUCAGUGUAAGUGGAAGUCUGGCUUCACAUCAAAGGACCCAUACAGGGGAGAAACCAUAUACAUGCCUGGAAUGUGGAAAAAGCUUCAGUGUGAGCGGUAGCCUUGCUUCACAUCAAAGAAUUCACACCGGGGAGAAGCCCUAUAAAUGUAUGGAGUGUGGAAAGAGCUUCACUGUAAACAGUAGCCUUACUUUACAUUUAAGGACCCACACAGGGGAGAAACCAUACGUAUGCAUGGAGUGCGGGAAAAGCUUUAACAAAAGUGGAAACCUUAAUACACACCGACAAAUUCACAUGGGUGAAAAGCCAUAUAAAUGUUUAGAAUGUGGAAAGACCUUCAGUCAACAUCAACACCUCACUUCACACAAAAGAACCCACACAGGGGAAAAACCAUAUAAAUGUAUGGAGUGUGGAAUGAGCUUCAGCGAUGGUGGAAGUCUUACUGCUCACAAAAGAACCCACACAGGAGAGAAACCAUAUAAAUGCUCGGUAUGUGAAAAGACUUUCAGUCAGUGCGGAAACCUUACGGCACAUCAGAGAAUCCACACAGGAGAGAAACCAUAUCAAUGUAUGGAAUGUGGGAAAAGUUUCAGUGUGAGUGGGAGCCUUUCUGCACAUCAAAGAACCCACACAGGAGAGCAACCCUAUAAAUGUGUGGAGUGUGGAAAGAGCUACAGCGUGAGCAGUAGUCUUACUUUACAUCAAAGAACUCACACAGGCGAGAAACCCUAUAAAUGCAAGGAGUGUGGGAAGAGGUUUAGCAAAAGCAGAAACCUUAAAAUACAUCAGAAAACCCACACAAUGAAGAAACCUGCCUGAGGUCUGUUCCUCAGACUUUCAGACUAAACAAGCUAGGCCUUAGCAAUUGUGAGGGCAUAGCUGGUACAGAAGCAGGAUUCACAACACAUACAUACUGAUGUGCAGGUAGAAGGGGCACCAAAGGCAACCAAGGCCUGAAAAUAACUAGGACUGCCCAAAGAAGACCAGUGAUAAGCUGUUAUCGCAACAAAGGCCCAGGAAUUUUUGCUCCUAAUGAGCCCUCCUGGUUACUUGCUAGGUGGCAGGGAGCAGGAGUAUCAAUCAUUGCUGAGGCCCACCAAAAAGGCCUGGAGGGCCACAUGCUCUAGGUGAUUCAGCUAGAUAAGACAUGCAACUAGAUUAUUCCCACUGGGUUUUUUGCCUUAUUAGCUCCAUGAAGAAAGGUUAGAAUCUACAAGAGAAAACCUGGUGAAACAAGUCAAGUCAGUUCCUUUGUUAAAAUAAUUGCCCUGGCAGGUCUCAUCAGCAUCUUGAAGAGUUAGGUAGGAAGAUAUGUGUUGCCGAAGUGACAACUGAAGAUGCUUCCAGGAAGGGAUAAGCACUUCCCCACCCACUCACCUGAUUGCAUGCCGAGUCAUCCUCAGGGGAGUUUGUUUUUGGUGUGAGAUGCUGGAAGCUAGAGACUGACCCUGGAAACCUAAUGGGAAGGCAAGAUCUGAGUGUUUAUGCUGUGAGCCCCUGCAUCCUUUCUUAAGGCUGUAUAUAAAUAAAACCAUAUAUCCUAAAUAUAUGUGCAAAUAAAACCAUAUAUCCUAAAGAUAACCACCGACUUUAUUCCAAGGAAUCAAAAUGAUGGGUAAGCAUUGGAAUGUCUGGAUUCUCUUGUAGCUCAGAGAUUUGGGGGUGGAGGGCAACAACAAAAAUUCUGUUUAGUUUUACAACAUUUCAUUUCAUUCAUUAUAUGUGGAGAACAAAAGCUGCUGUUCUUUAUUAUAAAAGAAUAAAUGAAAGGUUGCAAAAACACACAGAAAACAACAUUGUGAAGAGAGGGAAACAUUACUUAGAGAAACAUUUGCCUAAUGGCAAAAUUCAAUGCAUUUCUGAGUAAUUUUAUGCCAGAGGUUAUUUUUGUUUCCCGAAGGAAAACAGUAAGUGGUAACAGGUAGGUAGCUGUGUUGGUCUGGGUCGAAGUAAAAUAAAAAAAUUCCUUCAGUAGCACCUUAAAGACCAACUAAGUUUUUAUUUUGGUAUGAGCUUUCGUGUGCAUGCACACUUCUUCAGAUACGAAGAAGUAAGUAAGUGGUAACUGGCAGAAAUUUGGGGUCAUUGCACAGGUGAGAGUUUGUGAGAAUGUCAUAGAACAGGCACCCCCCAACUGCAGCCCUCCAGAUUUUUCGGCCUACAACUCCCAUGAUCCCUAGCCAAGAGGACCAGUGGUGAGGGAUGAUGGGAAUUGUAGUCCAAAACAUCUGGAGGGCCGAAGUUUGGGGACUACCUUCAGACACAGUCAGGCCAAUUGAGUUUUUGACAUACCCCUCCCUCUUCAGCCAACAAAUGAUCAAGGGCUUCCAACUGUUUUCCAAUAUUGCCCCUCUCAUCUGGGCCAAUUGUGUGGCUAUGAGAUCAUCUCAUCAACACAAAGAAGCCUUUCUCUUCUGACCUUUCAUAUUUGUCAGAGUUGAAAAUCCCUGUUCACAACAAUAUGUGAUUUUCCUCAUAGAAUCAACAGUUGGAAGAACCUCAAGGGUCAUCUAGCCCAACCCCCUGCAAUGCAGGAAUCUCAGCUAAAGCAUCCAUGACAGAUGGCCAUCCAACCAUCUUAAAAACCUCCACCUCUCGUGGGAGACCAUUCCACUGUUGGACAGCUCUUACUGUCAGAAAGUUUUUUCUGAUGUUUAGUCGGAAUGUCCGGGCCGAUGCUAGGGUUUUUUGUGCCCUAGGCGAGAUCACCUUCUGUCCCCCCCCCCAAAAAAAAC